UCUCGCUCUUCUAAAUUAGUCUUCGUGUGGAGUGUUUAAAUAAGAUUGUUCUACGUGAGCACUCCAAAAUUAUUCGACGAUCUCUGACUGGAGCCGCGGCUCCCUUGGGGCGAUUUACCGCCAACUCUUAUCAGUGCUUCGGACCCCUCCAACGCACUUCCGCCUACAAUCGGGCAAGAUCGUUCCUCCGCGCCAAAAGAAACGCAUUUCAACACUUACCCCCCGCCGCGUGGGAAUCCAUCUGUAAUCCUUCCAGAAUGUCGACAUCGGCGGGUUUGCACGCGCAGUCCCACGAUGCUGCCGCAGAAGCGGAGCCCAAGCUGGUUAACCGGCUGCGCGAGAGCCGAUCGCCCUACGUGCGGGCGCACAUGAACAACCCCGUCGCCUGGCAGCUCUGGGACGCGCAGGCUAUCAACCUAGCCCGGCGCCAGAACCGACUGAUCUUCCUCAGCAUCGGGUACUCGGCGUGCCACUGGUGCCAUGUUAUGGAGAAGGAGUCGUUCAUGUCCCAAGAGGUGGCGGCGAUAUUAAACGAGUCUUUCGUCCCGAUCAAGAUCGACCGCGAGGAGAGACCCGAUAUCGAUGAUGUAUAUAUGAACUAUGUCCAGGCCACUACUGGCUCGGGCGGAUGGCCGCUGAACGUCUUCCUGACCCCGGACUUGGAGCCCGUGUUUGGCGGCACCUAUUGGCCUGGACCGAAUUCGACCGCGCUGCAUGGUCACGAGACGCUGACUCUCGUCGACAUACUGGAAAAGCUGAGAGAUGUGUGGCAGACCCAGCAGCAAAGGUGUAGGGAGAGUGCGAAGGAGAUCACCAAGCAGCUCCGGGAGUUUGCGGAAGAGGGGACACAUUCGUUCGAAGGCGACCGGGAGGUGGAUGAGGAUCUGGACAUCGAGCUUCUCGAAGAAGCCUACCAGCAUUUUGUGUCGCGAUACGAUCCCGUCUACGGUGGUUUCUCGGGGGCUCCGAAAUUCCCUACCCCCGCAAACCUCAGCUUCCUGCUCAACCUCAAAAUCUACCCGAGUGCGGUGUCUGAUGUGGUCGGAAAAGAUGAAUGCGAGACUGCAGCCGCUAUGGCGGUCAACACACUCAUCAAUAUGGCUCGGGGUGGUAUCCGGGAUCAUAUUGGCCAUGGCUUCGCGCGUUAUAGUGUUACCCCAGACUGGAGCUUGCCUCACUUUGAGAAGAUGCUCUACGACCAGGCGCAGCUCCUGGACGUUUACGUGGAUGCGUUUAAAAUCACCCACAACCCCGAACUCCUGGGCGCGGUUUAUGAUCUAGCCACUUAUCUGACGACGCCCCCGAUCCAGUCACCGACGGGUGGGUUCCACUCGUCCGAAGAUGCGGACAGUCUCCCGAGCUCAAACGAUACAGAGAAGCGCGAAGGCGCUUUCUACGUGUGGACAUUGAAGGAGCUAACGCAAGUUCUCGGUGCACGGGAUGCGGGCGUAUGUGCGCGUCACUGGGGCGUGCUGCCCGAUGGCAACAUCGCUCCCGAGAACGACCCUCACGACGAGUUCAUGAACCAGAACGUACUUUCUAUCAAAGUGACACCGAGCAAGCUUGCUAGGGAGUUUGGCCUUGGAGAGGACGAAGUGGUUCGCAUCAUCCGGUCCGCGAAGCAAAAGCUCCGUGAGUACAGGGAGAGAACGCGGGUGCGUCCCGACCUGGACGACAAGAUCAUCGUUGCUUGGAACGGACUGGCAAUUGGUGCGCUUGCAAAGUGCAGUACGCUGCUUGAAAAGAUUGAGUGCGAGAAAGCGUUGCAAUAUAGAGAGGCUGCGGUCAAAGCUGCAGGGUUUAUCAAGGAAGCUCUCUUUGAAAAGAGCACCGGCCAGCUUUGGCGCAUCUGGCGUGAUGGCGGACGAGGAGACACGCCUGGGUUUGCCGAUGACUACGCUUACCUGAUCAGUGGGCUCUUGGAACUGUAUGAGGCUACGUUUGACGACAGCCAUUUGCAGUUUGCAGAACAGCUGCAGAAAUAUCUCAACCGGAAUUUCCUUGCAUAUGCAGGUUCAACACCAGCAGGAUACUACAGUACACCCUCGACCAUGACAGCCGACAUGCCGGGUCCUCUUCUCCGCCUGAAGACCGGAACAGAGUCAGCGACGCCCUCAUUCAACGGCGUGAUCGCCCGCAACCUACUCCGUCUCGGAAACCUCCUAGAAGAUGACGUGUACCGGACACUCGCACGGCAGACAUGCCAUUCCUUCUCGGUAGAGAUCAUCCAACACCCAUUCCUUUUCGUGGGCCUCCUCGACACCAUCGUCGGCCUAGAGGCCGGCACGCGCAGCGUCACGGGUGUCUUCACGACCACCCAUCUUUCGCGGCCGCAGCCCCCAGAGGAAGUGAUCAGGCGAUCAGAUGAGCCAGUCUCCGUGCGGGACAUCCUCAUCCAGAAGGUCCGAAGCCAAGCCGGGCCGGGGACCUCGACGUCGACUGCAACCGCCUCGCUCGUGGACGUUCGCCCAUCGCAUGUGGGAGACUUCGUAGGAAACCAGUCAUUCUGGUUGAGGACGCGGAACCCGCUUUUCAAGGACCUUACGCCUCCCGAGCCGCCCAAGAACUACCUACUGGUCUGUGAGAGCGGCAGCUGCAAAACCGUUGAUGUCUAAGUCAGGGUAGAUACAUGCAUCUCGGAGUUUUUCCCCAUCUAAUCAACACAUGUAUCGUUGGGGUAGCGUGUCUCGUUUGCGCGCAAAAAAAGUGCAAUUGGAAAGGAGUCCAAUCUGGGUGUAUAGUUUGGUCAGUUGCUAGGUAGGUAUCUCGAUUAGUCGGAGGGGGGG